CCUUGUCACUUUCGCAGCACCGAAAGGAAAAACACAGCCUCAUUGCCCAAGGUACCGAUCGACCCCACCCAACACGUGAUAAACACCCAACACGUCAUUAUUAUCAAGAAAUCCCACCAAUUUUUCCACCAAUACACAUCUCAGAUCUCCACAUUCCUCUGGAUCUCCACAUCCCGAUCAGGAAAAAUCCUUCAGCAAACCAUGAUACCGACUUGUUCUCAUUCAUAUUAAGAAACCCCCCAUUUCUCCACCAAUACACAUUUCAGAUCACAACAUUCCUCUGGCUCUCCCCAUCCCGAUCAGGAAAAAUCCUUAAGCAAACCAUGAUGCCGACUUCUUCUCAUUAUUAUUAAGAAAUCCCCCAUUUAUCCACCAAUACCCAUCUCAGAUCACAACAUUCCUCUGGAUCUCCCCAUCCCAAUCAGGAAAAAUCCUUCAGAAAACCAUGAUGCCGACUUCUUCUCACACCUCAAACACCACCAUGACGCCACAAUCUCCACCACAACCCUCACUCCCCACCCAAAUCGCAGACGCAGGCAAAUCUCUGUACGCGCAACGCAGGCCCUGGUCGGAGCUCAUCAGCGCCUCCAAUGGCGGCACCGCCUUCGCCAAGCCCGAUUCAUUCGGCGAUGCCCUAGCUCGCAUCCGCCGCAACGCGGCCUAUUUCCGCAUCAAUUAUGCCUUCCUUUUACUGUUGAUGGUCCUGUGCAGCCUCCUGAAAGAGCCCGUUGCGUUGCUGGUUAUCGUUACCCUAGCCGCCGCCUGGUGCCUGCUUUAUCUUUUCCGGACCGAGCCGCUGGUGGUUUUCGAUCGGAGCCUGAGCGACGGUGCUGUGCUCGCAGGCUUGACCUUGGGUACCAUUUUGGCGCUCUUUCUGACAGGGGUUACGGGUACCAUUUUAAUGGCGGUUGCAGUCGGGGCUUUGAUCGUGGCUCUGCACGGGGCGUUUAGGGUUACAGAUGACCUGUUCAUUGAUGAAGAGGAGGCAGCGCAGAGCGGACUGCUGGGGCAUAGCUACACUGCAAUUGCUUCUAAUCCAAGGCAAGUUUAGGGUGAAUUUUUGUAGGGAGGAAUGGAAAUUAGGCAUUGUUUGAGGGGAGCUUGUGGAUGAAAUUGUGUAAAGAUUUUUAGGGUUACAGGAAAUUGUGGAUGAAAUUGUGUAAAGAUUUUUUAGGGUUACAGGAAUUGUUGAUGAAAUUGUGUAACAAUUUUUAGGUUACAGGAAAUCGUGGAUGAAAUUGUGUAAAGAUUUUUUUAGGGUUACAGAAAAUUGUGGAUGAAUUCGUGUAAAGAUUUUUAGUGUUAUUGGAAAUUAGAGCAAAUAGGUUCCCAUCUUAGUAUUCUAAUGAGUGAACUUCAGAAAGGCUCAAUGCUUUACAUCUGUGAAAGGCUCAAUGCUUUACAUCUGUGAGCAUCAACUAGAUGCAAUGAGGGCUAAGCAGACCAUUAAUUCUCAUGAGAGAUGGGUUCACUUAGGUGCAAUGAGUGCUAAGCGACCAUUCAUUCACAUGAGAGAUGUGUUCACCUAGAUGCAAUGAGUGCUAAGCAGACCAUUCAUUCUCGUGAGAGAUGUGUUCACCUAGAUGCAAUGAGUGUUAAGCAGACCAUUCAUUCUCUUGAGAGAUGAGACUAAUAUUUGUUCUAUAUGAAAGGUUUUGUGAGUUCUGAUUUGUUUGAACUUGUAAAAUAGAAAUUGUUUUUGUUUA